GUUGUUUAUUGUCUAUUGUCAUCCUUCGUCACUGUCUCCACCCCUUAACGCAUCUCUGUCUCUCUCUGCCUUUCUCGGGCAGGUCGGGGCGCUGCGUAUAAAAGGAGGUAGCAGCAGCCGGUUGGUCACUGAGUAGAACGACAUCAUGUCUGGCAGAGGAAAAGGAGGCAAAGGACUCGGGAAAGGCGGAGCAAAGCGACACCGUAAAGUGCUCCGGGAUAACAUCCAGGGCAUCACUAAACCAGCCAUCCGCCGUCUGGCUCGCCGUGGCGGCGUCAAACGAAUCUCGGGUCUGAUCUACGAGGAGACCCGCGGUGUACUGAAGGUUUUCCUGGAGAAUGUGAUCCGCGACGCGGUCACCUACACAGAACACGCCAAGCGCAAGACGGUCACUGCCAUGGAUGUGGUGUACGCUCUGAAACGCCAGGGCCGCACUCUCUAUGGCUUCGGCGGUUGAGGAACGCUUUUGGUUCUGAACACAACACAAAGGCUCUUCUGAGAGCCACCCACCACCUCACAGAGAGAGAGCAGUGAUCCUGAGCAGAAAUAGGAGACAGGCGGGCUUGUUAAUUGGAGAGCAGACCCUUUGUGUGUUUCCGUACUUAGAUUAUUACAGUAGGUGACUGUUUAG